CAGUAGGGUUUUAGCUUAACCGUCCAGGUCCAACCCCCAUGGAAAUCUUCCCCACCCCGUCCGGCGCCGGCGGUGCCGCCGCCGCCGCUUCCUCUUCUUCCUCUUCCUCCUCGACGCCCUCCCCUUCCACCAAGCGCCCGACCACCACGCUCCGUCUGCUCUGCCCCUCCGGCCGCGCCGCCGCGCUCCGCCCCUCUCGGGACCUCCACGUGGACCAGCCCCCCGUGGGGGACGAGGCCGUGCUCACCAUCUCCGGGCCGGACGCCCCCGCCGCGGCGGUGAGGGCGUGGGAGCGCGUGGUGGUCCACAGGGUCGGGGGCGACGAGGCGGGGGAGGGGGAGGAUGAGCGGGAGGUGUCGGGUGCCGUGGGCUGCCGGAUGCUGGCGGCCGGCGGGCAGGUGGGUUGCGUGCUGGGGAAGGGCGGGAAGACGGUGGAGCGGAUGAGGCAGGAGAGCGGUGCCCAAAUCAGGGUGUUCCGGAACAGGGAGCAGCUGCCCCCCUGCGCUGCGCCGGGGGACGAGCUCAUCCAUAUAAGUGGGAGUUUUUCUCAAGUACGGAAAGCACUGUUAGCAGUUUCAACCUGCCUCCAAGAUAAUCCUAGGCCAGACACAAGCAAUAUUCCAAUGGGAAGAUCAUUUGGGCCUCCAGGUGGUGGAACUGGUUGUCCCCCUGGCAUCGAUCCUCACUCUCAAAGAAACUAUUUACCACCACACAUGCCUGAUUACCACACAAGGAAUUAUUCAAGUAAUGCUGGUGCCCCUGGUCCUAGAUUCUUUUUUGAACAAGAGAUAGUGUUCAGAAUGAUAAUUCUCAAUGACAUGGUGGGCAGCAUAAUUGGAAAAGGUGGUUCCACUAUCCGUGCAUUACAAAGUGAAACUGGUGCUUCUAUUAAGAUUAUAGAGCCUAUUGCUGAUUCAGAUGAGUGUAUUGUUGCGAUAUCUGCACGUGAGAAUUCUGACAUGAUGCAUUCUCCAGCUCAGGACGCAGUGCUCCGGGUGCACUCUAGGAUCUCAGAGGUAUCUAUGGAUAGAAGUUCUGCAGCUACUGCAAGGCUUCUAGUUCCAUCACAGCAUAUCGGCUGCCUGCUAGGCAAAGGUGGAUCAAUUAUUGCAGAGAUGAGAAAGAUAACAGGAGCUAGCAUCCGAAUUUUUGGGAAUGAACAAAUUCCGAGAUGUGCACAACGAAAUGAUGAGAUGGUUCAGGUCAUUGGUAGCUUCCAAUCCAUUCAGGAUGCAUUGAUUCAUAUCACUGGAAGGAUUAGGGACAUCAUCAUUCCCAAGCCACAUGGCCCACACCCCAGUGGAGGCAUGCCUCCAUAUCCACCUGUUGGAAACAUCCCUCUUCACCAACCCAGACAAGAACCACCUCCGCCACAUACUAGUGGGGGCAUGCCUCCAUAUCCUAUGCAUUCUUUCAGAGCUGAUGCUCCUAUGGUUCCCUUUGAAACGGGUGAUCAUCGGCCACCUCCCUCACAUUCAAUGGAACAUAUGGCUGCUGAUAGGAUGGCAUACUCGCAUGGUUGUGAACAAGGAGGUCCUCGGCCUUUUCUAGAACAGCCAUCACCAAGAACCUGGGCUCCUGAGGCACCAAAGUCAAACAGUGAAGCUCCAAGAAACAUGCCUGAUGUGGUACCAAUCACAGAUUUCAGAAAGGGAGCAGUAACAGGUGAAAACCAAGUGGCUACACCAACAAGUACAACAACUGAAGUUGUUAUUCCUUGCAAGUAUAUAAGCUUUGUUUGUGGAACCAAUGGCAGUGAUCUUGCUGAGAUAAAAAAGAUGUCAGGUGCUUCAAUUACAGUCCAUGAUCCGAAACCUGGCGAUACAAACUCAAUGGUUGUUAUAUGUGGGGACCCUGAACAAACUAAGAUGGCACAGAGCCUGAUUCACGCGUUCAUCUUCUGCGGUCUGUAUCAAACCUGAUUUGUGGUGAUUAUACACCAUCAUGAUUCUUGAUUCCCAUGAGAAAUGGAGAAUUUGUCUCCUGACAGGAUGUACGUGUACCAUUGCAGCCGGGAUGGCUGCGGGUACAGCUGAUGCAUGCGUUGCAGAAACAACACCAGUGUACAUUGUUGUAGUCUUGUGGUUUUGGUAAAUUAGGCAAAUUAUCUUUUACUAGUACAAAGAUUUGUCAUGGCCUCAUGGUCAUUCAUCAUCUCUUCCCUGGAAGUUGCGUUGUAUGAUUGAGACGCAAUUUCCAGGCAAUGCCAUCGGUGGACUGUGGUCACAGUUACAGCUGCA